AAACCCAACGUCAAACAAACUUCAGCUGCCCCACCGCUGAGGCAUCGCUACGUGUCUCUCCCAUCAACCAGAGUGAAAGAUUACAGGAGAGUUUUGAGCGGAGCUCCGUGUUCGUCCCCUCUCCCUGUUCAGAAAUCCGGCCAGUAUGUCCAAUGACCCUCCUCCUCCGUAUCCUGGAGGUCCCAGUGCCCCACCCAUUCAGGAGAAGAAUGGGCAGCCUGUGUACAGGACUGGUCCUCAGCAGGGACAGUCCCAGCCUCCAGACUACGGUCCUCCGCCCUACGAGGCUCCGCAACUAGGCUUCCUCCCCCCACACGUCCCUGGAGAUGGUCCCAUGCCAAUGCCGAUGCCACCACCACAAGGUGGCCACUACCCACCGCCUCCAGGUCACUUUCCUCACCAGAUGCCAGGACACAUGGGCCCCGGUCCUGGUCACUUUGUCCAGAUGGGGGGACACACAGCGACUGUCCUGGCUCCUCCAGGCGCAGCCACUACUGUGACUGUCCUGCAGGGGGAAAUGUUCCAGACCUCGCCAGUGCAGACCGUGUGUCCGCACUGUCAGCAGGCGAUCGUCACGCGCAUCUCCCACGACGUUGGCCUCAUGAACACGCUCUUCUGCCUCUUCUGCUUCUUCGUAGGGUGUGACCUCGGCUGCUGCCUGAUUCCCUGUCUGAUCGACGACCUCAAGGAUGUGACUCACACCUGCCCUAACUGUAAGGGCUACAUUUACACAUACAAGCGUAUAUGCUAACCACCGACGGCUGCAGGAAACACGAGAGACACAUACAUGCACAUACACACAUGCAAACUCACAGCGCCUCCUGCUGGUAGUGACGACCCUCCCCCCUUCCCCCUCCUCUUCCAUUUUUGCAGUGUUGCGUAAAGCCCUCAAAAAAUUGAGAGCAUAGUUUUCUCACUACAUCACAGAAUAUUUACUGUACAUAAUCAUCUCUCAGCGUUUUCUAAGUUUAAAGAUGCAUUUGAAAAUAUACAAAUGUACACGAGGAACACAGAGGCCGUGUGAUCCUGUGUGGAAAGUAAACGGGGGAGAAUGUUGUGAUGCUUACAUUUGUAAAUUAAAAAAAACAAUCAUUGAUUUGAUAGCCUUAGGUAGAGAAACUGAAAAAACAGUCACUUUAAUUUGUUACGUGAAGUCAUCUGUGAAUCUUACUCAGAAGCAAGUUGAAGUUGGAUAAACAUUUUCUUCUUAUUUAUUUAAAAACAGUGUUUUUGUUUCUGUUGAGAACUGUGAACAUUUUCCUCAUUACUACAACAGACAUGUUUUUUUUGUUUUCCUUUUACUGUCGCGGUCCCUCUUUGAAUGUGAGCAAUUUUCAUCCUGAUUAGUAUAUUUUACAGAUCACAAAAAAACAAGUAUUAAACGUUAAAAAACAAAAAAAGAAAAGACACUGGGAUUCAUCCAUUCAUACCAGCAGCUUCACUGUAUCUUGGCAUUGAUUGUACAAGUUUGUGAACUCUUUUAAUGCAGCGUUUCCUCUUAAUCUGUUGACGACGGCAGUGGAGGAUUGAGUCUGACACAUCAGCAUGUGACUCUCACACUUUCAUACAUAACAGUUCACUGACUCGUCCUGUUACCUGUUCAUUUUUCAGUUGUUUUUUUUAUCUCCAUCUAUGCUCUACUUUUGUUUUUGAGACUCAAGCUAACAUUUGCACUUUAAGUUGAAAUUCACCUUUUUCCGAUGUUAAAACCUCUCAACCUCGGCCAAUUGUUCGUCUGAGGUAAAAAUAUACAAUUUAUAAAGUUUAACCAAGUAAAAGCAGCGUGGGAUUUUUUGACUCACUUGGUUUGUUGCUUGCUCAGUGAAUUUUUUCUAUACAUGCACUUAUUUUGACUAUCGCGGUGUUGAAGUGGACACGACAGACGGUGCGUCUCGUCAGUAAUCUUGCGUCCUUUAGCUACACGUUUCUACGAGGGCUCAGUUUCGCUCGUGAUUUCUAGAAUCGACUAAGAUUCGCAAAGGUCUUGAUUUAGUUUGGUUUCAAUACACAUUUUACUUUGGAUAUGAGGGUUUUUGUCCAAUUUUUAAACCUGCCUUUAUGCCUGGUAUAUUGUCCAAUUUUGUGUCGUCCCUGACGUAAGAUGGCUAUACGUGAAACUGGUGGCGAUUUCUUUGUUUGAGGCUCAAGGGUGGUCGUACUCUGAGUGUUUCAAAGAUGGCCAUUGUUAAAGUCUUGUGUGUAAAGAAAGUUUGAGAAAAAUGCUGCAUGUUACUGCGUUCCAUCUUCUGUACCAGGGAUUCCCAAAUGUUAGAAUCUUCCCCAGCCCAUUUUAAACUUCCAACCAAAACGUUAAAUCACAACACGACAACACUUAGACGAUUAUGUAUUCAAACAUCAAUUAUUCAUUUCAAAAAUGGGCAAAAACUCUAUAUCAUUAUUUCACAAAUAAAAGAUUGCACAUCGUCUGUUGUAAAAUCUCGUUUUCACGAUUACUCCCUCAUGUGGCCAGAUGUUGUUAAGGCUAAGAUAGAAAGAAAGGCACGUAAGCGAUAUUUUUGACUCGAUACCUGAUCCUUAAAUGAUUGAAACAACGCUUCUUUCCAUGUUUUUGCUGCCGCUGUAUGACGAACUGGUACCUCAUGCCAAUGGGCAUGAUUGAUUAUAAAAAAGUCGAUCAGUUACUGUGACUACUCUAAAAAUAUUGAAAAGACUUAAAAUAAAUGUCAGCCUAGUUAGUGGACAUCACGUGCGUUUGCAGAAGUGAUGAAAUGUACAAAGGUUUGGAAGUGGUGGAAUUUACCAGGGUCUUUGAAUGCAUCUUGUUAGCUCAAUACACUGUGAAGCCUGCAUCACUUUCACUAACUCACACACUACAGUUAAGAGUACUCGAACUUUUUUUUGCGAGAAAUGCCCAUCCCAAAGUACCUAGUUUUAAAAUAGAAAAAAAAAACACUAGUAGACAAAACCAUCAUCACCUAUUUAAUUCGACAUCAGCCCUUUAAGAAUCGCUGCAUUGCGUAGAUGCAUGUUACAUAGCAAAGUAAGACAUCUGUUGACUAAUCUAAAUAUGAAAUAGGGUAAAACUUUUCUGCCGAGAAUAAGCUUCAAAUAAACGACUGUUACCCGAUAUCUUGCAAAAAAAUAAAUAAAAAAUAAUAAAUAGACAUUGUUCCACCACAGCAUGUCUAACCUGCCAGUCACCUUCAGUCAUUCAUGUGCAGUUUGUCUGCAUGAGCCACUCAUUGAAAUGACUAAUUAACACUAACUAGAUCCUUAACUCUAUGUGUGUUUUCUUCUUCUCUGGAAGUGAGAUAAACUCUGUAAGAAAGUCCACUCUGCAAUGAAGUUUUAAUACCAAGUACUGUAUAUUAUGCCAUUGUUGUGGAUAAUGCUGGUCUGCAUUGCUCUCUAAAUGUCUGUGAUAUGUAUUAAACUAUGUAAGUCAAAAUUUGUUUGACGGUUGUAUACAGGUAAACAGGUAAUAUUUUAUCAAUAAAAGUCUGAAGGAUUG